CUUUGAAGCAACAUGGCGGCUACCUCGGAGCUUCCGAUUGCUUUUCAAGAGCUGUUCAAGCUCACGGCGCUGGGCAUCAAGGAGGAAUCGAUCUCGUUCGAUACCGUGACGCUCGAGUCGGACAAGUACAUCUGCGUGCGCGAGACUGUGGGCGGCAAGGCGCAGGUUGUGAUGGUGGACGUGAACGCGCCCAAGACGCCGCAGCGGAUCAACAUGCUUGCGACGGCGGUGCUGAUGAAUCCGGAGGUGAAGGUGCUUGCGCUGCGUGCGGAGAACCAGCUCCAGAUCUUCAACCUGGACAUGAAGUCGAUGAUGAAGGAGUACACGAUGACGGAAGAUGUGCAGUUCUGGAAGUGGGUGGACGUGAAGAAUCUGGCGAUCGUGACGUCGUCGUCGGUGUACCACUGGUCGAUGGAGGGCACGUCUGCGCCUGUCAAGAUCUGCGACCGGAUUCCGGAGCUUGUGGGGACGCAGAUCAUCUCGUACCGCAUGUCUGGUGACGGCAAGUGGACUGCGGUGGUGGGCAUUUCGCUCUCGGGCUCGCAGGUUGUGGGCACGAUGCAGCUGUACUCGCUCGAGCGGCAGCAGGUGCAGCACAUUCCGGGUCACGCGUGUGCGUUCUUUGACUUUGCGGCCGAGGCCGGCGGGCCGAAGAACAACCUGUUUGUCUUUGCUUCGCGCAACGGCGACGACUCGAAGCUCAACAUUGUGGAGAUUGGCCGUGAGGAGGGCGCGACGGCGUAUGCCAAGAAGACGGUCAACGUGUUCUUCCCGCCUGAGGCUGCCGCCGACUUUCCGGUCUCGAUGCAGGUCUCGCCCAAGUACAACACGGUGUUCCUCGUCACCAAGUUUGGCUACAUCCACCUGUACGACAUCGAGUCAGGCACGUGCCUGUACAUGAACCGGAUCUCGGGUGAGACCAUCUUUGUCACGGCGCUGCACGCGGCGACCGACGGCAUCAUCGGCAUCAACAAGAAGGGUCAGGUGCUGACGGUGGGCGUGAACCCGGACACCAUCGUGCCUUACAUCCAGCAGACGCUGGGCAACGUGCCGCUGGCGGUCAAGUGGGCGUCGCGGUACUCGCUGCCGGGCGCCGACGAUCUGUUCAAGGCCCAGUUCCAGCGGCUGUUUGCCGCCGGCGACGUCGCCGGCGCCGCCCGCAUUGCUGCUCAGUCGCCGCGCGGCAUCCUGCGGACGCCCGAGACCAUUGCGCUCUUCCAAAAGGCUCCGCCGGUCAACAACGUUCCGGCCAUUCUGCAGUACUUUAACGUCCUCCUCGAGACAACCAAGCUCAACGCGUACGAGACCAUGCAGCUCGCGCGCCCGGUCGUGGCCCAGGGCAAGAUGCAGCUGCUCGAGCAGUGGCUUACCGAGGACAAGCUGGAGUGCUCGGAGGAGCUCGGCGACCUGUUCAAGGCGAGCAACCCGAAGCUGGCACUCUCGGUCUACCUCCGCGCCGAGGUCUCGCCCAAGGUGGUGCAGUGCCUCGCGGAGACCGGCCAGUUUGACAACAUUGUGGUCUACGCGCAGCGCGCCAACUACACGCCGGACUGGAUCUCGAUUCUCGGUUCGAUUGCGCUGUCGAACCCGGACGCCGCCAAGGACCUUGCGCUGCGGAUUGUGCAGGGCGGCGAGGCCAUGGGCUCGGUUGACGUCUCGGCCAUUGUCGACGUCUUUGCCCGGUGCAACCUCAUCCAGCAGGCGACCGGCUUCCUCCUCGAGGUCCUCAAGCCUGACCGCGAGGAGGAUGCGGCGCUCCAGACCCGCCUCCUCGAGAUGAGUCUGGUUGCCGCGCCGCAGGUCGCCGACGCCAUCCUCGGCAACGACAUGCUCUCGCACUACAACCGCCAGCGCGUCGCCGAGCUGUGCGAGAAGACCGGGCUCUUCCAGCGUGCGCUGGAGAACUACUCGGACAUUGCCGACAUUACCCGCAUCCUCACCUCGGUCCCGCCGGCCAACCUCGGCGGCGCCGACUUUUUGGUCCCGUACUUUGGCAAGAUCUCGAUCGAGGGCGCGCUCGCGGCGCUCGACCAGAUGCUCGCCGCCAACCUCCGCCAAAACCUGCAGGUUGUCAUCCAGAUUGCCACCAAGUACUCGGAGCCGUUUACGCCGCAGGAGCUCAUUGCCCUGUUUGAGAAGCACAAGUCGGUCGAGGGCCUGUUCUUCUACCUCGGCUCCAUCGUCAACUUUUCGCAGGACCCGGACGUUCACUACAAGUACAUCGAGGCGGCGUCCAAGGCGAACCAGCUGCAGGAGGUCACUCGCAUCUGCCGCGACUCCAACUGCUACGACCCGGAGCGGACCAAGAACUUCCUCAAGGAGGCCCAGCUGCCGGACCAGCUUCCGCUCAUCAUUGUCUGCGACCGCUUUGACUUUGUCGACGAGCUCACCCGCUACCUCUACGCCAACAACAUGAUGAAGUACAUCGAGAUCUACAUCCGCCAGGUCAACGCCCUCCGCGCCCCGCUCGUCAUCGGCACCCUCCUCGACCUCGACGCCAACGAGGACACCGUCCGCGAGCUGGUUCUCCUUGUCAAGGACGCGUGCCCGGCGCAGGAGCUCAUCGACGAGGUCGAGAAGCGCUCUCGCCUCAAGCUCCUCCGCCCGUGGCUCGAGGAGCGCGCCGGUGCCGGCGCCACCGACGCCGCCACCUUUAACGCCCUCGCCAAGAUCUACGUCGAGACGUCCAACUCUCCCGAGGAGUUCCUCAAGACGAACGAGUUCUACGAGCCGCUUGUGGUCGGCAAGUUCUGCGAGAAGCGCGAGCCGCUCCUUGCCGUGGUGGCGUACACCAAGGGCACGUGCGAUGCCGAGCUCAUUGCCGUCACCAACGAGAACUCGCUGUAUAAGGACCAGGCGCGGUACCUCGUCGCGCGGGCCGACGCAGACCUUUGGGCCACGGUCCUGGUCGCCGACAACGAGCACCGCCGCGAGCUCAUCGACGCUGUGGUCCAGUCGGCGCUCACCACCAAGACCGAGCCGGAGAAGGUCUCUGUGGCGGUCAAGGCCUUUAUGGACGCCGAGCUCCCGAACGAGCUCAUCGAGCUGUUGGAGAAGAUUGUGCUCGACGACAGUGGCCGGUUUGCCGGUAACCGCAACCUCCAGACCCUCCUCAUCAUCACCGCCGUCAAGGCCGACACCUCGCGGGUCCGCGAGUACAUCGAGCGCCUCGACAAGUUUGUGCCCGUCCAGAUUGCCAACAUCUGCAUCGGCGCCGAGCUGUACGAGGAGGCCUUCCUCGCCUUUGCCAAGUUUGACCUCAACGUGGAGGCUGUCGACGUGCUCGGCAACUACCUCAAGGACCUCGAGCGGGCAACAGACUUUGCCAAGAAGGUUGACAUGCCCGAGGUCUGGUCGUCGCUUGCCGAGUCGCAGCUCACCGCCGGUGACAUUGCCGCCGGUGUCGACGCGUACAUCAAGGCCGACGACGCCUCCAAGUACGAUGUGGUCAUCACGGCAGCCAAUGAGGCCGGCGCCUUUGCCGACCUCGUCCGCUUCCUGCAGAUGGCGCGCAAGAAGCUUCGCGAGACGGCCAUCGAGACCGAGCUCUGCUACGCCUACGCGCGGACCGAGCAGCUCUCGGAUCUGGAGGACUUUAUCAACGGCCCGCACGGCGCGCAGAUCCUCAACGUCGGCGAGCGCUGCUUUGGCGAGGGACUCUAUGCCGCCGCCAAGAUCCUCUUCAACAACAUCUCCAACUACGCCCGGCUGGCGACCACGCUCGUCCGCCUCGGCGAGUACCAGGCCGCCGUUGACGCCGCAUCCAAGGCCAACAACAUCCAGACGUGGAAGGAGGUCAACGCGGCGUGUGUCGAGCAGGAAAAGUUCCGCCUCGCCCGCAUCUGCGGCCUGCACAUCAUUGUCAACGCCGAGGAGCUGGACUCGCUCAUCCGUUUCUACGAGGCCCGCGGCCACUUUGACGAGAUCAUCGCCCUCAUCGAGGGCGGCCUCGGCGACGAGCGCGCCCACACCGGCAUGUUCACCGAGCUCGCCAUCCUCUACUCCAAGUACCAGCGCGAGUCGCUCCUCGAGCACCUCAAGAUGUUCCGCGCCAAGAUCAACGUGCCCAAGGUUCUCCGCGCAUGCGAGGUCGCGCACAUGUGGCCCGAGAUGGUCUUCCUCUGCGUCCACUACGAUGAGCACGACCGCGCCAUCGAGAUCAUGAUCGAGCACUCGGCGCUCGCGUGGGAGCAUGUCAAGUUCAAGGACGUCAUCAUUAACGUCAAGUCGGCCAACGUCGCCUACCGCGCCGUCUCGUUCUACAUCGACGAGCAGCCGAUGCUCCUUGUCGACCUCCUCCACACCAUCACCGCAAAGGUCGACCCGGCGCGUGUCGUCGGCAUCGCCCGCAAGCGCUCUGUCCUCGCCCUCAUCAAGCCGUGGCUCCUCGACAUCCAGACCGUCAACAACGCCGCGGUCAACGAGGCCGUCAACGAGCUGUUCAUCGAGGAGGAGGACUUUGCCGCCCUCCGCGAGUCGAUCGAGUCGCAUGACGCCUUUGACGCCCUCGAGCUUGCCGUCCGCUGCGAGAAGCACGAGCUCCUCGAGUUCCGCCGCAUCGCCGCCCUGCUCUACAAGUCCAACGGCCGCUGGCAGCAGUCGCUCGAGCUCUCCAAGUCGGACGGCCUGUUCAAGGACGCCAUGGUCACCGUCGCCGACUCGGGCGAGCCCGAGCUCGCAGAGGACCUGCUCCGCUUCUUUGUCGCAGAGGGCAACCACGAGUGCUUCGCCGCCGCCCUCUUCACCUGCUACGAUCUCGUCAAGCCCGACGUCGUCCUCGAGCUCGCCUGGCGCAACCGCAUCAUGGACUACAUGAUGCCGUACAUGGUCCAGGUCACCAAGGACUACACCUCCAAGGUCGACCAGCUGGUCGCCGCAAACUCGCGCCGUGAGGCCGUCGAGGCUGAGCAGGAGGCCGCUUCGGCAGAAGUCGGCGUCAACAUGAUGAUGGGCACCGACGGGCCCGCCCUCCUCACCUACCCGGGCGCCGGUGGCGCUGCCGGCGCUGCCCCCAUGGGCGGCGUCAUGAACGCCGGCAACUACUUUGUCAACACCCUUUAGCAUCCCGUACACCACAUGGGCUGUCGGUAUCCAGUGAACACGCUCUAGCCGAA